UGAGUCAAAAGCCUUGCUAAAAUCGAAGUAGACCUGAUCAGUUGAUUGACCACUCUCACAGUUCCUCAUUAUGUUGUUGGUGGUAGUAUUGUUAGGUUUCAUAAUGCUAGGACUGAUUCUUAUUUGUGUGCUAAAGGCUCUACUGUACACACCAUCCUAUCAGCUGUUGGUUUGGAACAUGACAACGAACAAAAAGUUUAUUUUAAAAAGAAGAGGGUCCUUCCUGUCCCAAGGCCUCCCCCAGUGUCUGGGGAUUGUUGGUGGCAGCUGGUGAAACAAGAAGAACGUUAUGAUGGUGGUUCUAUUGAAUCAGGAGGAAAGUAUUUAUUGAGACAUUUACCCACUCACAUGUACCUCAUGGCAGGAGACAACUUUAAGUUGACAAUUGGCUCCAUUGAUGAUGUGGAUCCUAAAUAUUACACAUUCACUCUUACUAGUUCAGUGGCAGCUGCUGAUAAAAGUGUAUUAAAAGGUUCAAAUGUUACUUUGAUUCAUGAAGGAAUUGAUGAUAAGAAAAGAUACUUAUAUGUUGAUGAUGGUGACCCUACCUGGUUGACAAAGAUCAGUACUAAAAGAGCUCUGGGUAGCAAAGGACUGAAGGUAACACUGAAAGAGUCAUUACAGGACAAAGUUCAAAAUGAAAAUUCAUUUAAAAUUGAUGAAGUCAGACCAGACCUGGUCCACUGGCAUUAUUACGUUGAAAGUGUUAAAAAUGUUUUAAUGAGAUAUUUACCAAAGCUUCCGGGGACCCAUGGUGACCCUGUGCUAGUGGAGCUGGUCGCUGUACUUAAAGAACUGGUCUGUUGGUUGAAGGUUAAAUCACCUUAUAACUUAAAGACUCGUGGGAAGAUGUUACGCAAUGCACAUGUUAUUGAUUUGCUAGUUGGUUAUAUUUCUAUUGCUGUUGAGUCUGGAGAUGAGGAGAGAGUUAAAUUGCUGCGAGGAGUUUCCGAAGUUUUGAGACAGUUUUUGUUAAUUAAGAGUCAUCACUCGCACUUUUAUAUGGCAAAAGAAGCAUUUAUGAAAAUAUACUUUAAUAAGCUUGGACAAGGCCUUGGUGUUGAAAGUUUCCUCAUUGCAUUAGUAAAAGAUGAAAGUGAAAUUGCCAAGGACCUGGUAAAGUUUUGCUUUAAGAUCCUCAGGGACUCCACCCCCACUUUAAAAAUACACCUGGACACUGCUUCAUUGGAGCUACUCUCCACCCUUUGCUUUGUUGAUGGACAUCCUGAAGAAGCCUUACAAGAUUUGAUUUGUGAAGAAGUUAUUACGAAGGAUCUGGGUGUUUUUUAUCACACUCGUUUGGAUGAGGGCGCUAAUGUUAUUCAUUAUUCAAAGAACCGAUUAGCCAGUACUGAUGACAAAACACUCACUGAACUCUGCUCUAAUAAAGUUAACGACAACAAUGAACGUCUUAAUUUUUUUGUUGCUCAAAUUUUCCUAUUCAGUAACGUCUGUAAGGGUGUUAAUGUGUCAGCCAUUAAGACCGUCUCCAGUUGGUUCCCGUUCCAAGAGGCUCUGGUUGUCCUUGAUAAAGAGAAACUGGGUGGGGCCAUUCAUUCAAAAGUGAAGUCAGCUUACCUCCAGCUGGUACUGGCAGUCUAUCUUGAUGAGGUCAUUCAUAACAGUGGAGUCGACAUUGACGGCAUCUGGCACUGCUUC